ACUAAUUUCAGCUUCAGCCCACAAUCCCAAAACUCGUCUUCGUCCGAACAUGGUAUUAUCUACGUGACUGGUACGACUCAAAUUUAUAAAGUGGCAAAACUCUGGAAAGUAUUAGGGCCUUUCACAUCGUGCUGGUUUUUAGUAGUGUUAAAAAAUUAAAACCAAACGGCAGUAUACGCGACCAGCUGUUCGUGUUUUGAAUAGCCACCAUUUGUUCGCUUGCGCUAUUUCCAUAAAAUUUAAUUACAGGUAAAAUCAUCAAAUGAAUACUACACGUCCGUGUGGCUGCAAAGGUGUCCGCACAUGUUUAAAAUGUGAAGAAGACUUCAAUAUUGAAAAAGCAUCGCUUCAUACUCAAUUGCAAGAGCUCCACGCGUAUUCAUUUUGUCCGGCAUGUGAGCGACUAUUUGAAGCCUGGAAUCCAUUUGAAGUGCGUGCAAAACACCCGGAACACAACGGGGAGGAAGGUUUGCCCUUCCCGGGAUUGUAUGUUCAAGAGCAGUUCAUUAGUGCAAGCGAAGGUGAAUUGUUGAUGGAAAGCUUGGAUGCGCUACCUUGGACAACGUCUCAGAGUGGUCGUCGUAAACAAAAUUUCGGCCCAAAGACAAAUUUUCGACAACGAAAGUUAAGAAAUGGCAAUUUCAAUGGUUUUCCAGAAGGUACACGUUUCGUGCAAGAACGUUUACGGCAAGUGUCAUUGCUGAGCGACUUUCAGACUAUUGAACAAUGCUCAUUGGAAUAUGAGUCCUCAAAGGGUGCAUCUAUUGAUCCACAUGUAGAUGAUUGCUGGGUUUGGGGGGAGCGUGUGGUGACACUUAAUUGCCUUGGUGAUGCUGUACUCACAUUGACCGCUUUCGAUGCAAGUGCAAAGCCGACAAAAUAUAACUUAAAUCUGGUGAAGAAUUAUGAAAAACAAUUAAUACUACCUUUGUAUAAUAAAGAAGAAUUUCAACAUUUCGAUAAAAAAGUUAUACGUGUACCUAUGCCUAAUUUAUCCUUGAUUGUGAUGUAUGGUCCCCCGCGUUACCAAUUUGAGCAUUCGGUUUUGCGCGAAGACAUCAAAGAACGUCGUGUAUGUAUUGCAUAUAGAGAGUUUACGCCGAUGUACAUUGAGGGAGAAGAUAAAAUAAAGGGCUUUGAAGUAACAAAAAACGCUCAAAACUUCUGGACAGAUAUAAAUGUAGAUUGAUUAAAAAUUUCGCAAGCAUAAGCUUUGGCUUAUAUAUGUAUUAGGAUCUGAUACUGCGUCUAUAAUAAACUAGUAAUUAGCAGCCAAAA